ACGAACUGCGUAAAUUACCAGUAGCUAUAAUCUUUUUGCGUAUUUAGAUUUUCAAAGUAUGCAUUGUUUAUCUGAAUUCUUGGUGUUUGCGCACUGAAGUCAUUGAUUAAUUAUAUAUUUCACAACGCGAAACCUCCAGUUUGACAUUACGCUCGAGAUGGUUCGAUAGUAUCGAGGUUUUUUGGCAGGUCGAAAGAAAGAUGUCCCUCGAUGGUAGAUUAGAAUGUUAUUAGUCAUUCGGUGUCGUGUUUGUAAGUAAAUAUCAGCUGGAUGCGUAGAGAAAAACGAAACGUGAUUCCGUGACAGCGCGUAACGGACGUAACUGUUGAACAUACAUCGAUCAAAGAAUCUACGGCGAAAAUGGGCCUUUUCCAGACUUCCUCGCCUUUCGACGCUGACGUCGAAAAGGCAACCAGUGAAAAGAACAUAUCUACAGAAUGGGGGAAAAUAUUGGAUAUUUGUGACAAAGUAGGAACCUCUUCUCAAAAUGCAAAGGAUUGUUUACGAUCAAUUGUUAAAAGACUAUAUUCUCUAGAUCCACAUAUUGUUCUGCAAGCAUUAACAUUAUUAGAUGCUUGCGUCAUCAAUUGUGGAAAAACAUUUCACUUAGAAAUCGCAUCAAGAGACUUUGAGAAUGAUCUGAGAAAACUUGUUAAUCAUACUGAGCCACAGAUUGUUGAGAAAAUGAAGAAACUCUUAAAAAAGUGGGCUGAAAAUGAUUUCAAAACUGAUCCCCAGUUAAAUUUAAUUCCUAGUUUAUAUAACAAACUUAAAAAUGAAGGUCAUACUUUUCCUUCUACAUCAGACACGCCUAAACGUACAAGUGUACUAAGUAAAGAUCCAAAUGUAGUAACGGAUUCACAAGAAGAGGAAGAUAUAGCAAAGGCCAUAGAACUUUCACUUAAGGAAAGUAAAGCUCAUAGCCAAGCAUCCUCUUCUCAUGGUUCACCAGCAUCGAAUAAAUACACUAGUUUAUACCCUAAUGUAAGUUCUGCACUUGGUGCUUCGAGCAAUUCUGAAGGCAGAAAGGUCCGUGCUCUAUAUGAUUUUGAAGCAGCAGAAGAUAAUGAGUUAACAUUUUUUGCUGGAGAAAUAAUUAAUAUUUUGGAUGAUUCUGAUCCAAACUGGUGGAAAGGCAGUAACCAAACAGGAGAAGGACUAUUUCCCUCUAAUUUUGUUACUGCAGAUUUGUCUAUGGAACCAGAACAGUUCACAAAGUUAGAACACAGUAAUAAAAAAAUGGUUCAAUUUGCUGAAGAAGUAGAAGUGAAAACAGUAAAGAGGGAACCAGAAGUGGUUGAAGUUGAAAUAGAUGAAAGAAAAAUGGAUAGACUUUUACAUUUAUUACAUGAAGCUGAUCCUCAAUGUGAUACUUCAGAUCCACAAGAAAUGCUUGAUUUAGAAGAACAAGUUACUGCAAUGGGACCUUUGAUAGAUGCAGCUUUAGAAAAAGUAGAUAGGAGGCAUGCACAGCUAACACAAUUGAGCUCUGAUUUGGUAGAUGCUCUUAAUUUAUAUCACACAUUGAUGCGAGAACCUCCACCGCCUACGCCAUCAAAUUAUACUCUACCUAAGAUGCCACCCCAUAUAAAUCCUUAUCAAUUUCAAAAUCAGGGACCACCACCACCACAUAUAUUUAAUGGAGUACCUCCACCACAUCAAACUUCCUUUCCUAUUGGAGGUGGUCCAUCAGGACCAUAUAAUACAACAAUUCCAACUAGCGACUACAUGGGGCCUGCAAGCAUGCCAAACAUGGCACUACCACAUUUUCACGUGCAACCAGCAGGUCCACCGCAUCAACAUCCCCCAGGACAUCCUCAAGGUCCACCAAUGCCAGAACAAAGUACUCUCCCUUAUCCCCAUCAAGGAUAUCCACCUCAAACUGGUCCUGUGCCAGUACCAUAUGGUCCACCAGGACCAACAGGACCUCCGGUAAGCCAACAACCUCAGUAUGCUCCGCCAAAUGGGCAGCACAUGAUGUAAAAGGAUGCUACAUGUUUCAAAUUCAUCCUGUACUGUAACUCAAGCUAUACAAUAUUACUAUAUUAUAAUUAUUUAAAUAAACAUACCCGAAGUAGCCAAAGAUACUGGGUUUUUGAUGGAAGUUUUGCAUUCGAAACUUACCGUGUAAGCUUAUUAUGUAGGCACAUACACGAUGUGGUGAUUAAAAAAUGCAUUAGAUAAAAAACGAAUUAUUUUAUUAAUAUUUUAUUGCCAUCGACAUGGCACGUAUUUUUUAAAAAGCGUCUUUCUUAAUCUCGUGAUUCAGAUUUAAUUAACACAUUCCUUUAAUUCAAUUAAUAUCUAACUUCUUUAUU